AUGGUCCGCCACAGGAACACUCGCUCACCAUCGCCAGCAGGAAGUCAGCACUCUUCUAAAAGACAAAGACGAGACGAAGAUGUCAAACGAGACCGACCACGCAGAGACGAAGACGGGCGCGGUGCGCGGAGACGAAGCCGUUCGAGAAGUUUGGACGUAAGAUUUUCUGGUGGUGGUACAAAUGGUCGGGUUUCUGACAAAAGUCGUGAGCAGCGCCGACACCGAGACCGCGAUUCCACUCGACGAAGAGACCGCUCUGUAGACCGCAGAGAGGACGAUUACUACAGGUCUAGUAGAAGAGACCGAAGUAGAGACCGUAGGGAGCGUUUCGAUCGAGACCGAUCGCCAGACAGACGGCGGCGCAGAAGCCGCGAACGCGACUAUCGAGACAGGCGAGAUGACUCUAAUGAUAGAGCUUCAAGGCACCACAGGGACUCUACUGACUGGUCCCGUAGCAGAGAAGAUGGGCAUCGUGGAAAGCCAACAAGUAAAUCGGAAAGUGCCAAAGUUGCGGAGGUGUCGAAGCCUACGUUACCUCCAGGGCCAACGGAGGCUGAGAAGAAGGCUGAGCGGCUAGCUAAGCUGGAAGCAUGGAAAAGAAAGCAGGCCGAGGAAAAGGAGCGGAGAGAGAAAGAACAAGCAGCUGCUGGAUCGCAAAAACCCUCAGAUAUAAUUGAACAAAAAGCCAGCGAUGCUCCCGUUCUUGCGUCGCCAACGUCACCGAGUACGCCAGGGGAUGUUGCUUCGCCCGCACCUUAUGCCGGAAAGUUUGACCCAAAAGCAAUUGCUAAGAAGGCUGUAGCCAGUUCGGGCAACACGGGUGCUUUAGGAAAUGAUGUACCAUUGAAGGGAUUGACCAAAGCGUCCGCCAUCUUACCUUCCUCGGUCAAAGGGUCACAAUCUGACAUUAAGCCAAGAUCUUUUGGCAGCAAUCCUACUGUAUCUGCACUACCAAAAGCGAGAGCAAAUCUCAGUGGAUUCGGUUUAAGUGUCAAGUCAGGUCAGGAAAGUGAUAAGUCUUCAUCGAAACGAACCCUGGAUUUUGGUGAGGACGAGGGGGGAAGGAAGAAAUUAGAAAAGCUACCCACCCUGUCACUGGCAAUCGCCGAGGAUGAUACUACUGCGCUCGCUAACGUUGAUGAAGGAGAGGAAGACGAUGAUGUUGAUAUGGAAGAUGCUGGUACCGAAGAGGAAGCCGCAGCCGCCGCAAGAGCCGCAGCCGAAAAGCGCGAAGAGAGACUUCAAGAAGAAAGCCUUGCAAAAACAACACCCGAUAGGUCUAAACCCUCUGUUACUGAAGGGGAUACGGUUAUGGCCAACGGAACCAAUUCUGGGGUUGAGAUAUCGGUGCCCGAUGAGAUUGACGAGGUUGACCCUUUGGACGCUUAUAUGGAUGCGAUGGGUGAUCCUUUUGCAGCCCCGACGAAUACGGGAUUCUUCAACAAAAGUCAAGGAAAAAUCCGUCAACAAGAGCCAGAAGCCUUGUUCGGGGAUGAUGAUGUUGAACUAAAAGCCAUCGAAGCAGACCCAGACGAUAUCCUUGCGAUGGCAAGCAAAUCAAGGAAAAAGAAGGAGUUACCUACUAUCAACUAUUCAAAAAUUGACCUGGAACCAUUCCGCAAAAACUUCUAUACCGAACCUGCCGAGCUAGCGGACAUGACGGAGACUGAGCUUGCUGAUUUACGUCUUGAGCUUGAUGGAAUUAAAGUUGCCGGUAAGGACGUUCCAAAGCCUGUACAAAAGUGGUCCCAAUGCGGUCUCAAUGUUCAAUCACUAGAUGUCAUCCGGAAAUUGGGCUAUGAUAGACCGACAGCGAUCCAGAUGCAAGCGAUUCCAGCGAUUAUGUCCGGACGAGAUGUCAUCGGCGUGGCCAAGACUGGUUCUGGUAAGACAAUUGCGUUCAUGCUACCUAUCUUUCGACAUAUUCGAGAUCAGAAACCACUAGAAGGAUCUGAUGGUCCUAUUGGGCUUAUUAUGACUCCCACGCGAGAACUUGCUACUCAAAUCCAUAAGGAAUGCAAACCUUUCUUACGAGCUAUGGGUCUUCGUGCAGUAUGUGCAUAUGGUGGAGCUCCUAUCAAAGAUCAAAUUGCAGAUCUCAAGCGUGGAGCCGAGAUCAUUGUUUGUACGCCGGGUCGUAUGAUUGAUUUGCUCGCUGCAAAUUCUGGGCGAGUCACCAAUCUUCGUCGUGUCACCUAUGUUGUUUUAGACGAGGCAGACCGCAUGUUCGACAUGGGUUUCGAACCGCAAGUCAUGAAAAUAUUUGCGAACAUUCGGCCAGACCGACAGACGAUCCUCUUCUCGGCCACAAUGCCUAGAAUCAUGGACGCUUUGGCAAAGAAGACUCUGAAUUCGCCAGUAGAAAUCACUGUAGGAGGACGUAGCGUUGUUGCACCUGAAAUAACCCAAAUCGUCGAAGUUCGAGAGGAGAAGGAGAAAUUUCACCGGCUUUUGGAACUCCUCGGGGAACUUUAUGACAAGGACGAAGAUGCUCGCACUUUAAUCUUCGUCGAUCGACAGGAAAAAGCCGACGAUCUGCUGAAGGAUUUGAUGCGGAAAGGUUAUCCAUGCAUGUCAAUUCACGGAGGCAAAGAUCAGAUCGAUCGGGAUUCCACCAUUGAUGAUUUCAAGGCUGGAGUUAUUCCUAUCAUGAUUGCUACCUCUGUUGCGGCUCGAGGCCUAGACGUAAAGCAACUAAAACUAGUCGUUAAUUUUGACGCUCCGAACCACUUGGAAGACUAUGUUCAUAGAGCUGGACGGACUGGCCGAGCUGGUAAUACCGGCACCGCUGUGACCUUCGUCACUGAAGAUCAAGAACAAUUCUCUGUCGGCAUCGCGAAAGCGCUCGAACAAUCUGGACAACCUGUCCCUGAUCGGCUUAAUGAGAUGCGAAAGUCUUUCCGAGAUAAGGUCAAGAGUGGUAAGUCAAAAGAUAGCUCAGGGUUUGGCGGAAAGGGCUUGGAACGUCUUGAUGCGGACCGCGAAGCGACAAGAAUUCGGGAGCGAAAAACUCACAAAACGGAUGGCGAUGAUGAAGAUGAUAAAGAGGAAAAAGUGGGAGAUGACGACGUGGUUCUCAAAGCUGCUUCUACUGUACAACCAGCAUCUGCGGCCCCUGCGCCACAGCUGUUUGGUGUUCCGAAAGGGAUUGACUUGGAUGGCAAGAUCACGGUCCAUCGCACCGAAGCUGCUACAGUUUCUGGCUCCAAGAAUAAGCUGGAACAGGUCAAUUCUGCUAUUGAGCAAAUCAACGCGCGCCUGAACAAGACCGGCCAACUGCGGUCAGGUGUUCCAAUCGAUAACAAAGGUCCGGAUGCUGGAGCGUUCCAUGCGACGCUUGAAAUCAAUGACUUUCCUCAGAAAGCAAGAUGGGCUGUUACGAAUCGCACAAAUGUGGCCAAGAUCCUAGAGGCAACGGGUACAUCUAUCACCACGAAAGGUAGUUUCUACGCAGCCGGAAAGGAGGUUCCUGCUGGGGGCGACCCGAAAUUGUACAUCUUGGUGGAAGGUGACACGGAGGUUGUAGUGACAAACGCCAUGAGGGAGUUGAUGAGACUGCUCAAGGAGGGUACCAUGGCUGCAGCUGAUGCUGAAGGUAGAGCACCUGCGAGCGGUAGGUAUAAUGUUGUCUAG